AUGCAGGACCUCAGGCUGCUCAAGCUCAGUGACACGUCUUGCGCCAGUUGUAGGGCUCGAAAAGUUAAGUGUGAUAGAACCCUUCCCGCGUGCAAGACGUGCCUGAAAAAUAACCACGCGUGUCUAUAUGUUGGCAAGCGCAAGCCUGGGCCAAGGCCAUUUCUGGAAAGGCAAAAAAAGAAUGACAAUAUGCGUAUGCUCAAGUUCGUUGAUAAAGAGUCCAAGGUGUUACAAACGAACUCCGUAACCUCCGCUGACUCUCCGAAGGACAUACGAAUGCAGAUCGAUCAGCUGGUAAUGCCCAAGCUGAACAACAGUCCGAUGCCAACCCAAACACUCACCGAAGAAGACAUUUUAUUCGAUCCCCACGAGAACGUUAUAAUCAUCAGUCGCAAGCUUCGGAUCGCGGUGUCGGACUUGCACGAUCGAUUUUUCAAGUACCUGCUGAGGUCUAUGCCAAUUAUAUUGCGAGAACGCUAUCUGAAGAAGUUCGAUGCAGAUCGAACUUCCCACAUGUACCUAAGGUACGCUGUGUGGGCGAUCUCUGCAUUCGUUUUCCCGGAGAUUUCGUUUGCGGCGCCCAUGCUCUACCGCAAGUCUAUGCGUGCUUUAACGGACUUCGAGAACCGUGACACGGAUCGAUUUGGUGGAAUUGGUGGGACCAGGUUCAGAUACUCUGUUGAAUAUCUCCAGGCUCUGGUGAUCUGCAGUUCGCUCGAAUUUUUGCAGGGUCUUGCGAGGAAGUCGGUGGUCACACUGUCGAAAGCUGUCAGAGUAUCGCAAUUGAUGAAACUGCAUCUGCUGGAUGUUAGCAGUGACGCGAAGAUAGUCACCAAUGGCGGUGACUCUGAUCCUUGGGAGGUUGUUGAGGAGAAACGAAGGAUUUUUUGGAAAAUAUUUUGCAUGGACAGAUACAUCUACAUCUCAACUUGGCUUCCGACAGCCGUUUCUGACGGAAGUAUCUAUACAAAACUGCCUGCUUAUGACCUUUUUUUCCAGAGCAGGAUUAUGGAGGAGUCGUAUUUUCUGCAGGACGCUUUCAAAGUCCUCGAGAGCGAGGACCUGAGUGCGAUGCCAGACAUCAACUCCUACGCCCUUCAUAUCUUGGCGCUGGCUGCCACGGAGAAGAUAUUUAGAUACAUGGAUGAUGCCAGACUAAGCGGUAAGAUGACCCCUGAGCACAGCCACGAGCACAUUGAGAGGUUCAAGGACUUUGAGGCGCAACUGUUCAAGAUCCAGGCUCAGGGAAAACUAAGCGUCGAAAGCGGCCGACUAAGUGCGGCUUUGAUUGUGAACUCAACGUGUCUGAUCGCUUUCUACGAGACCGUCUGUGAAUACUUUUCAUUUCUCGAGACUUCGGAGCCUGAGUUCUACGAAAAGUUUCGAAUCGGUUCUCUACAAACCACCCUUGCAUUUUUCGACAAUCUGAAGUAUUUUGCGAAUGAUAAGUUCAAGGACAAAGACUGCAAGGCGAUCAUCCAGCAUUUGCUUGAUGCUGGGGCGCUCACUGACCCAUCUCUGUUUGCCUCGCUGCAUGCAUUUUCGAAGUCGGUGGCUUUCCAUGUCAUCAGGUCCAAACCGACUGAUGACCGGGAGCAAGUAGAAAAUCUCAAAUCCAAGCUGGAUGCGCUUACACUUGUCCUGGACAAACUGUCGUCUAUAUCGGGGAUGGAAUGGCAGCCUAGAAAGGAGGAGAAUUGGGCCUGGAUGCACAAGGGCCUCGAGACCAAUGACAUAUCUUUAUUCAGAAACCACAUCUGUGAUGUUCUGUAUCUGAAAAUGGAGAGAUGA